AUGUCGACAGCGGAGCAUAUCGCUCCCAUGUACACCAGCGAGAAAGCCAGUCCUGAAGAAUCCGACAACGACAAGAAAAAUGCUGGCUCCAGCGAGAAAGACCUUGGUCUUGAUUCCGAAACUUCGGUCGUAGAAUCAGAACCUGAGGGAGAAGUCUCACGCGGACGUUCGCUCCUCAAUAAGUAUAAGAUAUUUCUGCAUUUGGCCAUUUGGCUGGUCAUGACUGGUUGGUGGAUUGCUGGACUCGUACUUCAUCGACAUGGCAAACUCGGCUGGCUCAAGCCAACACUUCUUUGGAUGGCCAUUUCUGUUCGUCUCAUCACCUUGCAUGUUUCGACAAAAUACGUGACCAAGCCAAUUGCAUUUGUUUGGGUCACCGCCAUCUAUAAUCCCGUUAUGAUGAUUCCCGAAAAGCUGAGGCUACCUUUGGGCGGUGCGGGAACAGUUGCAGUCAUACUCGUUGGAACGUUCGUAUCUGAGGAGUCAGCAGACAAUACCCGUUCCAACAGAGCAAUUAGCUUGUUUGGUCUUGUGGUAUUCAUUGCUGGGUUUUACGCUACUUCAAGAGACCGGAAAGCCAUCAAAUGGCAGACAAUCAUCGUGGGCAUGCUUGCGCAAUUUAUCUUGGCCUUGUUUGUUCUGCGUACCACAGCCGGUUAUGAUAUCUUCAACUUUAUCGCCUAUCUCGCAACGUCGCUUCUUGGCUUUGCUGGCCAAGGAACAACCUUUUUGACAGAGCCUGUUGCGACAAGGCCCCAGUGGUUCCUCCUGAACGUUAUCCCUGCCAUCAUUUUCUUCGUGGCUUUCGUACAGCUUCUGUACUACUGGGGAUGGCUACAAUGGGCAAUCAAAAAAUUUGCAACCAUUUUCUUCUAUGGAAUGAAGGUCUCAGGAGCGGAAGCUGUCGUCGCUGCCGCGUCUCCUUUCGUUGGCCAAGGAGAGUCUGCGAUGAUUAUCAAGCCAUAUAUUCCCCAUCUCACAGACGCCGAGCUCCAUCAAAUCAUGACCUCUGGUUUCGCCACAAUUUCCGGUAGUGUUCUGGCUGCUUAUAUUGGUAUGGGCAUGAGUGCUUUGGCACUCGUCUCAUCUUGCGUGAUGAGUAUCCCCGCCUCGCUCGCCAUCUCCAAAUUACGCUACCCUGAAACCGAGGAACCUCUAACAGCCGGCAAGAUUGUCAUCCCGGAAGACCAAGAGGAGAAACCAACCAACUCUCUCCACGCAUUCGCAAAUGGAUCCUGGCUUGGGAUUAAGAUUGGCGGCAUGAUUGUCGCUGCUUUAUUGUGUAUUCUUGCACUUCUGGGCUUGGUCAACGGUCUCCUCGGGUGGUGGGGCAGAUAUUUGAACAUCGACAACCCUCUCCUGAGUGUUGAAAUGAUCCUCGGAUACAUUUUCUACCCAGUCGCCUUUCUCCUCGGUGUCGAGCGAACUGGUGGUGACCUGUUGAAAGUCUCCCAGUUGAUAGGUAUAAAGAUCGUAGCAAACGAAUUUGUUGCUUUUGCUGCUCUCUCCGGUGAAGGAUACGCCUCCCUGUCCGAGCGCUCCCGGCUCAUCGCUACCUACGCCGUCUGCGGCUUUGGCAACAUCAGCUCGGUCGGUAUUCAGAUCGGCGUACUUUCCCAACUCGCUCCGGGUCGCAGCGGCAGGGUCGCCAAGGUUGCGCUGUCUGCUUUGAUCUCGGGUGUAAUUUCUACCUUGACCAGUGCAUCAAUUGCGGGUAUGUUGAUCACCAAUGCUGCGAGUUAUACGAAAACCGGUAUACACACUUGA